GCACAGGAAGUGGGGGGGCGGGGACAGGGAGGGACAGUGCGGCCGGGACAGAGCGGGGCCCGGAACGGCCGCCCGGCCAGGGCGCAGCCUGCAGGCUGGACCGGCCCCACCUCGGCCGCGGCGCUCGUCGCUCCGUCCUCGCCCCGCGGCGCAGGACCCUGUGGCCACUCAGCAUGUCCCACCGGCACUCGGACAGCUCCUUGGAGGAGAAGCUCCUGGAAUACCGCUUCCCCCCGGAGCUGCGGCUCGAUCCCAAGGGGAACCCAGCGUGCGGGCUCCCGAUGGUCCGGGGCUCCCUGCGAGACAGGGACAAUGCCUCCUCCCCGCCUGAAACCCCACCGUGCCCACCUCCCUCACCUCCGUCCUCCGAAGGCGAGACGCCGCGGGCCGUCGUCCUGAGCACGCAGAGCCCCGCAGCCCUCAAGCUGGGCACUCAGCAGCUGAUCCCCAGGAGCCUGGCUGUGUCGAGCAAGGCCAAGACCCCGGCCCGCCACCAGAGCUUCGGGGCGGCCAUGCUCAGCAAGGAGGCCGCCCGGCGGGACCCCCGGCUCCUCUCGGCCCCCAGCUUCUCCCUGGACGACAUGGACAUGGACACGGGCCCCGGGGGGAUGCUUAGACGAAACCUGCGGAACCAAUCCUACCGGGCGGCCAUGAAGGGCCUGGGAAUGCCGGGCAGCGAGGGGGGCCCCGUCAAGCUCAGCCCCAAGCUCCAGGCUCUGGCCGAGGAGCCCAGCCAGCCUCCUGCUCGGUGUCCAGCCAAAAAUAAGAAGACGCUGGGGCGGAAACGUGCACACAAGGGCUCCUUCAAGGACGACCCACGGUUCUACCAGGAGAUCCGGGAGCGGGGCCUAAACACCAGCCAAGAGUCAGACGACGAGCUCUCCAGCCCAGAGGGGACUCAGAAGGCGGACAUCCCCAUCGUGGUCAAGAGCUACCGGCCCCCCCAGGUCACCUGGAGCCAGCUCCCUGAGGUGGUGGAGUCGGGCAUCUUGGACCAGCUGCCGGCCGAGGAGCGCAAGAGGCAGGAGGCCAUCUUCGAGAUCCUCACAUCGGAGUUCUCCUACCAGCACAGCCUGGGCAUUCUGGUGGCCGAGUUCCUGCAGUCCAGAGCGCUGCGGGCAACCAUGACCCAGAUGGAACACCACCACCUCUUCUCCAACAUCCUGGACGUCCUGGGCGCCAGUCGGAAGUUCUUCGAGGACCUGGAGCGGCGGCACAAGGCGCAGGUAUGCGUGGAGGACAUCAGCGACAUCCUGGAGGAGCACGCCGAGAAGCACUUCCACCCCUACAUUGCCUACUGCUCCAAUGAGGUCUACCAGCAGCGCGCCCUGCAGAAGCUGACAAGCAGCAAUGCCGCCUUCCGAGAGGUCCUGAGGGAGAUCGAGAGGCGGCCGGCGUGCGGGGGCCUGCCCAUGAUCUCCUUCCUGAUCCUGCCCAUGCAGCGGGUGACCCGGCUGCCCCUCCUGACGGACACACUCUGCCUCAAGACCCAGGGCCACCCCGAGAGGUACAAAGCCGCCAGCCGCGCACUGAAGGCCAUCAGCAAGCUGGUGAAGCAGUGCAAUGAAGGGGCGCACAAGAUGGAGCGCAUGGAGCAGAUGUACAUGCUGCACACCCAGCUGGACUUCAGCAAGGUCAAGUCCCUCCCGCUCAUCUCGGCCUCCCGCUGGCUGCUGAAGCGCGGGGAGCUCUUCCUGAUGGAGGAGACCGGGCUUUUCCGAAAACUCGCCAGCCGGCCGACCUGCUACCUGUUCCUCUUCAAUGAUGUCCUGGUGGUCACCAAGAAGAAGAGUGAGGACAGCUUCGUGGUCCAGGACUAUGCCCAGGUGGACCACAUCCAGGUUCAGAAGAUGGAGCCCUCGGAGUCCCCCCUGCCCGGCGGUGGCGGCCGCAGCUCCUCCGUGCCCCACCUCUUCCAGGUCACCCUGCUGCACAACAGCGAGGGCCGCCAGGAGAAGAUCCUGCUGUCCUGCGAGUCCGCGAGUGACCGGGCCCGGUGGAUCACGGCGCUCACACACAGGGAGAGGCAGGGGCAGGGCCCCACCAACAAAGGAGAUCUGCUCCAGGUGGAGAUCACCAAGGCCUACUUGGCCAAGCAGGUGGAUGAGAUCAUGCUGCAGCAGGCGGAUGUGGUCCUGAUCCUGGAGCAGGAGGACGGAUGGUUCUACGGCGAGAGACUGCGGGAUGGAGAGACGGGCUGGUUCCCCGAGGACUUUGCCCGGAGCAUCACCAGCCGUGUGACCGUGGAGGGCAAUGUGCGCAGGAUGGAGCGGCUGCGGGUGGAGACAGAUGUGUAGCCAGGACGUGCACCUCGGGAGGCCAGGCUGCCAUGGCAGCAGCUGCGGUUCCUACUCCAGCAAGCAGCUGUGUCCAGCUCCAAAGAGCGUGGUGGGCUUGUCCCAGGAGACUCAACCAUCCCUGGGUCUCCCCAAGGCCCCCUGGGCUACAGCGCUGGCUCCAGACACUUCCAAGGAGGAACAUGGUACUUGCCUCUGGGGACUGACCCCAGCAGAAGUCCUGGGAGGAGCCCAGACAGGCCGGCCCCUCCUAUAGGCCCUGCCCCGCCCCAGCUCCCAGCCGCCCCGCCCCUGCCCUCCUGUGUACAUGCAGGGCAGUCGUGCCUGGCUGACGUGAUGGAGGGUGGAGAACCAACCGUGGGAUGACGUGGGCUGUCUCCCUCCCGCGCCCCUCCUGCCUCAGCGUGGGACGACGAGGGCCUCGAGUGCCCAGGGCUGCCCCACGUUCCAAGAAGGGCAGGAAAUGGCCAUGCAGUGCCAGCGCUGAAAUUGUGACGUUAAGGUUUCUGGAGACAUUAAAGCGUUUGUUUAACACCUGGAUUUCCACAGCAAAUCUGAGUUCAGGUGAAGGCCACGUGAGUCCCCACAAAAUUCCCGAGGUGCUAUGGGCCUGGACUGGCCCCAUGAGUGUGGUCACCUGUGCUGGGUCCUGGGGACUUGUCCAGGCCCUCAUACAAGGUCACCCCAUGCUUGACCUUGGCCCACCUGUCAUGGGCAAGGCCAGUGGGUCUGGGAACUUGACAUAGCAGAGCCUGUGGGGACCCCUCUGGGGUGUCCUCCCAGCCCCCACCUCCCUCAUGCCCCCACUGUGGCCCAGCCCAUCUGCCCCCCCAGGACCAGGGACAUGCAGGUGGGGCGCAGCAGGCUGGUCGGCUGACCUGGGCUGGGGAGGUAUCCUGCUUCCCAGGGGAGGGUGACAGUGUGCCUGGGUGGGAGGCGCUGCUGGGCCACGCACGAGGAUGGGGCCUGCUCCCCGGAAGUGUCCCCUGCCCCCCCGCCAGCCCUCCCACUUCCCAUGCCGGGUGCCCCUCUUGGCUUGGGCGGUGCUGUCCUUGGGAUGGGGGCUCCCAGCAUUCACCUGAGAAUCUGCCUGGACCCCACUGUGGCUGGGCUGCUUCAUGAAAGCCAGGGGUGCUGCUCCCCAGAAGUGGGUGAUUCGGGAGGCCUGCCCCCUGCUCCUCCAGCCCUGGGGCCAGCAGGGAGGAGUGGAGGAAGGAGUGGAGCUCUGGGCACUGCCCGCUGGACCAGGUGGUGGAGGGAGGUUGGCACCAGGAGGAGGGGGCAGCUCCUCCCCAUUGACCUCCAAGGCCUCAGGCAGCCAGAAAGGUCAGGCCUAGGUCAGAGCCAAGUGGGGCUGUCCUGGGCAGGGGUUCCGCAGGAUGGGGGAUGGGACAGGGCCAGGCUCAGGGAAAAAGGCAUGGUCUGGGGACUUGGGCCACCGGAGACCAGGCCCAGCUUCCCCCACUGCCUGGACGGGUGGAAAUCGCCCACCUGUGAGUUGAGUUAACUCCCUGCUCUAAUCCUGGAGCUGCUGUGGGGCCAGCUGGCGGCCGGGGCGGGGCUGCGUGCGCAGGGGUGUGUGUGUGUGCAGGUGUGUGUGCAUGCAUGUGCAUGUGUGCGUCAGGCACGAGCCAGGGGGCAGCAUCUUUGUGUAAGCCUGGCUACCCCAGGACUAGCUCCUUUGUCCUCACCAAUGACCCCCGAGACCCUCCCCGGGGAGGGCAGGGUGGCCCAGCGUCCCAUCCUCUGCCAGGUUAAGUUCUCUGUUAAAGGAGCAAAGAGGGUUUGGGAAAGCCCUGAGGCCAUGUCCUCGCUUUUGUGACCUGGGCAGGGCAUGACCUUAAUUAAGGCCCUUUCCUUCAUAAGCAAGGAGUAAGAACGCUUGGCCUGGAGAAAGGCCGUCCCAGGACUGGAAGUGGGGCUGCCAUGGGGGCGGGGCUGUUGGGGGUGGCCGGCUCCACCUGGGGAGGGCCAGACCGGGCCAGCUGAGGAGGAGAACCCUUGCAAGCAGGAUCGGGAAGCACAGGUCCGGCUGCGGGAGGCCUGGUCAGAGGCGGUGAGGAGAGGAAGGCUGGGGCGUGCUCCACUCCCUUCUCCCAGCAUGGGUGCCUGCUGGAGCCCCCUCAAGGGGCUACUGCUCAGCCUGGGGUCCAGCCCCAAGGGGCACAGGUGUUGUGACCCCUCAGGCAUGGCAGGGCUAGCUGGAGGGCUAAAGGGUGCUCUGACCUGCCUGCUUGCCGAGCUGGCCCUCUUAGGAGAGCAGAUGUCCUCAGUGUUGGUGCCCAGGUGGCACUCACCCUCCCCCAGAUAACAGGGCUCCUGUGGAGGACCCUGCCCCACCUGCUCUACUGGGGAGGGGUCACCAGCACCAGAGGCAGGCCCCAGGUCUCAGGAGGCAUGGCCUGUCUAGCCCAGCCCCUCCUCCCAGCCACUGCACUGCUCCUCCUGUUGCAGGUGAGGAAACUGAGGCCCAAAGGCCCUGUGCCCAUUGCUGGCCAGUGGGCUGGUAGGGGGACAGCAAGGCUUCCUAGGAUACCAGGCAACCCCAGCAAGGCCCAUCCAGAGCAGGAUCCAGUGGGACCAGAUGCCGAGGAGACCCAGCCCCCACUUGGCCUGGGGCACCUGUGGGGAGGUGUCUGCAAGGCCCUGGGGAAUGGGGAGCUGGUGCCAGGGCCUUGGGGCGGAGCCACUUCCCCAGAGCCACCCAGGCACCUCAGUGCCCAGCCCCCAGUGGGCACCCCCCACCCUCCCUGGGGAGGUGGGCGUGAGGGGGUGUGGUCCACCGGAGUGCAGGAGGCCAGGCGUGAGCGGUCACACAGCCGGGCAGCCCACCCGUUCCCCUGUCCGGUGGAGCAGCAGGCGAGGAGCCUCGCCUCGCCCGCUGCUCCACACCACCCUCCAGAGUGUGCUGUACAUCCUGGAACCCGUGGGCGUCCCUGUAAACUAGUGUCCUCUUAUGGGGGCUACCUAAUUUACGUAAAGGGUAUGUGCUCAUGUGACCUUAAUUCUCAUCUCACUCAACAUGGAUUUUAGGAUCUCUCUCUGCCACUGUAUGCACACCUGGCUCACUACUUCCAGCCACUCUGGAACAUUCCAGGGCCUCCACACCCCCCCCCUUACCGCCCCCUGGUGGCCGGCAGGGGCACUGCAGCCCAGCCCUCAGGAUUCGAUUCCAUUGCCCCCAACCCCCAGGCUGUCCACAGUGGGACCCCAGCAGUACAUUCCCCAUGCCUCCCUUAGAGCCCUCGGACUCCACUUCUGUCCCUUGGGAGUAAAGCCGUCUCCCAGUGCUGGGACGUGCGGAUCUCAGCUUCUCCGUCCAGCCCCUCGCUGGCCGUGGGGCGUCCAUGAAUUCUGCUCACUUCCUCACCACCCUUUGCUAUUUGUCGCCGUUCCUGACAUCAGACCCUCAUCCGUGUCAGAUAUCCCGAACUGCCCACCAGUUGUGACCUGCCUACCCCAUCACUGGGCCUCUCAUUGAACGUGGGGUUGCAUCAGAUUUGAAGACAGCCGAGGCAAUGUCUUCACUCCCGGGCCCUGUUCAGGUUGUCCACUCUCUUGAAGACUUCGUGCAUCCUUUUGCCAGACAGAUUCCCAGAUGUUUCUGGGUUUUGUUGCCAUGCCAAACGGUAUCUUACUAUGUAUUCUGUUUUCUGGUGGGUUAUUACUGGUGUUGAAAAACUAUUGAUUUUUAUAGGCUUUAUUCCACAUCUGAUGGGAUCUGUAUGAGUUUGCCGCCCACCCUGCUGGAUCCUUACAGUAUGCUCAUUUGUCUGCGGGCCCAUCAGCCCCCUAUCCCGAGAGUCCUCCCCCUGAAAGCAGGGCCGGUGGUCUCUUCCCUGCAGGGCCCCCCACCACUGCUUGUCUCUUGCUCAGCUGACAGUGGCCUGGGGUGUCCCGAGCACUGCUGGGCUGGGGGAGGAGUGACGAUACCCACAUCUUCCAAUCCUUGAUCUGAAGGGGGUUUACUCAUCCAUUCCACAGGACCCCACCCAGGUCCUGCCCGGGUGGUCCAGCAUGCGGGAAGCAGGGUCCCCACCUCCUAGAUUUUGCAUUCUGGUGUGGAAGGACAGCCAAACAGAGAUCUGGGCUAUAACGUCAGGGCCGUAGAGAUCAAUAACCCCAGGAGAAGAACGAGCAGGACCCCACAUGGUGCAUUAGGUGGCAAGGCAGGCCCUGGGGUGGCUUCACGUGGACAGACUUGAAUCCAUUGGUUUCUCCAUUAAACUUGCAGUAGACUCUUGGCACAAAAGCAUCGUCAAGAAACUUGUCUCUGUACCUAGUUUUCCAAGAAUUUGUAUCCUGCAUCGAUGUCGAAUGCUUCCUGCUUCAACCAAUCAUCUGAUUUCUCACCCAAAUACUGACACAUUUUCCAAUGUUAAACUGUCCUUACGUUUCCAUCAUGGCCAAUUCCCCUUGGAUCAAGUGGAUAUUAUUUUUAAGAUAUUUUUAUUUGAGUAGCUAAUACUUAGGAUUUUUGCAUACAUGUAAUGAGUCUGUAAUUUUCUUGUACUGCCCCAACAUCUGGUUUUAGAACAAAAUUGAUCUUGGCUUCAUGGAAUGAGUAGAGUUGCUUUUCCUCUAUUUAAAGUUUCUGGAAGAACUUACAUUGGACAAGUUCACGGUGUCUUGAAAGUCCAGCAUGACCACCUACGCCAGCACCUGCCCCAGGCAUCACUGGGGACGAUGGCAGAGGAGGAGGGGGGGAGCCUGCAUCACUGUUUGCAUUUACCUAAGUUAUUGGUUUAUCCAAGUUUUUUAUUUCUACCUACACCAAUCCUGGCA